AUGGAGGUGGAGGUCUCAGGUGCGAAACCGAUCGGUGUUGGAAUUGAGAGGGCGAAGUCAGAGAGGGAUCGGAUUCGGGUGAAGAGGAAGACCUUGCAGGAUGUGCUUGAGCAGUGCCAGAGAACUCUUGAAUUGCUUAGUAACACCGGCUUUGUUGAUGAUAAAAACGAUCAAGAAGAUGACAGGAAUGUAGAUGCCGAUGAUGCAGAGGAGACCGGUAUGGCCUCCUCGGUGCCGUGUCGUGAUAACGAAACCGAAGAGUUGUGCGAUCUCCUGAAGUCUAGGGUGGAAUGCCCUGAUUUUCUUGAAAAGCUAGAGAGUGAACAGGCAUCCGUUCCACACAAUGUCGCGGAAGAAGGCAGUUCCUGGGACAUGGUUGGCGAAAAUGAUAUUUGGGAAGGAGGGAAUAAUGAGUUAGAUACAGAAGAGUAUGUGCUAAUUAGGCAAGAAGAUAUAGUGGAUGGUAUUGCAUGCUUCAUGGCUGCCUAUCUGUUGUCCCUUAAAGAGGCUAAGGAUUUGACCCCGAAUCAGCUUCAGGAUGCUCUGAGCAGGACAUUCUCUGUGAAGAAGAAGAAGGGAAAGCUUCGGAAGGCAUGGGAUGGAAGCAAGGUCAUAUAUAACGUAGCAUCCUGGGGUGCUACAGCCAUUGGGUAA